AUGGGAAACACCAACACCAAAGAGUCCGGCUCCGGCUCCGCCACCGGCUCGCGCGGUCACCGUCCCUCCCUCGCGCCCGAGGCAUCCUCCUCCUCCCAUCGAUCCGGCCGUCCCUCCUCCCGCUCCGGCCGCACCAGCAGGGCAGACCUCGGCGGCCUGCUCGGCCUCACGCACAGCGGUUCCAGCACCCAACCCGCGCAAGAGCAGCAGCGGAGGGAGACGAAACAGGAACGGGAGGCCAGGCGUCUCGAGAAGGAGCGGCAGGCCAGGAUCGCCGAGCGCGAGAGGAGUCUCAAGGAGGAAAAUGUCGAUGGAGGAUACCUCGUGACCCUCGGCACCUAUGUCGGGCCAGAGGACUUUAGCAAGCAGGUCGUGCGCCAGCUGCAGAUCGAGCGGAGACUCGCUCCUUUCUGGCGUGGCCUGCAGGACUUUGACGACAAUUGGACGGAGCCCCAGAUCAUCGCCGCCGCACGCGGCGUGGACAUCCCCCCUGCCGGCGCGACUCCCCCCGACGAACUCGUCCCCAAACCCCUCGCCGUCGAAUCGCCCUCCAACUCGACCCAGAAUCUCAACAGCCUGACCGUGCCCUUGGGCGCUCGGUCGCUCUCCGCCGCCUCCGACAGGAGCGUCUCUAACCUUGGCUCGACCAUCCCCUCGCCUACGACCGCUGCUCCGGCCCGCGGCAGCUCACCUUUCAAGCCGCGCGCCAAGGCUCUUGCCGCUGCCCUCAGUGUGGGUUCCCGCAACGGUUCGCAGACCGAGAUCGCCCCUCGCGAGAUCAAUCUCCCGGCCGACCCCUUCGUCAACGGCCAGCCCACCGAAGUCUUUCUCUACAAGUCCGGCUCCGAAUGCCCCAUUUGCUUCCUCUACUACCCGCCCUACCUCAACCACACCAGGUGUUGUGACCAGCCCAUCUGCAGCGAGUGCUUCGUCCAGAUCAAGCGGCCCGACCCGCACUAUCCCGAGGGACACGGCGACAAUGCGGACAACGAGAACGCCAACCCGGAGGAGCAGGCCGGCCAGCUCAUCUCGGAGCCCGCGUGCUGCCCUUACUGUCAGCAACCAGAAUUCGGCGUCACUUAUGAGGCGCCUCCCUUCCGACGUGGGCUUACUUAUUCUGCGGGGUCCCUGACGGUCGGCUUGCACAGUACUGCCAUGUCAUCGAGCAGCUCGGUCAACUCCAACACAUUGUCCCCGUCAUCACUCGGGUCGCCGACGGGCGGCAACAGAAGAAGAACGCAGUCGCUGUCGGCAACCGCGCCCAACGUCAUCACUACGGAUCGAGUUCGCCCCGACUGGUCGACCAAGCUGGCCAACCAGCGCGCUCAUAUCGCACGACGCGCCGCGGCUGCUACCGCGCUACACACUGCUGCCUUCCUCAUCGGGAACAACUCGGACAGUCGCUCUGGAUUCAGGAUGUCGAGCCGCUUCGGGAGGAGAACGGGCCAUUCGGCUUCUCCAGGAGGGCGUGUCGACGAAGGCAGUCCUCAAGGCAAUACCAGCGAAGGCGGCGAAGGCGACGGGAGCAGCGGCGCCGAUACCGCCCGACCUCUGGGCGCACGACGGAAUCGCAUGGAGGACCUCGAGGAGCUCAUGUUCAGGGAAGCACUCAGGCAGUCCCUGGCCAGCGAGGAGGAGCGGCAACGCAAGUGGGAGAAGGAGGUCCGUAAGGAGGCCAAGAAGCGGGAGAAGGAGGAGCGCAAGGCGGCCAAGGCCGCCAUGAAGCACGGCUCCGGGCCGUACUCGCAGGGUGGAAGCGGCGCGAGCUCGGCCACGGCGAGCUCGCUGAGCCUGUCGGGCCUGGUGCACGGGAGGAGGAGAGGUAAUAGUGGCGCCUCCAACCUACGUGUCGAGGCCAGCGUGGCCAGCGCCGUCGCCGCGGAUGGCAAUGGGAACCGCAGCGGCAGCGCAAGCCCCGUCAACACGACUGACAAGGGCAAGGCGAUUGAACGCCCGCCGACGGUGCCCGAAGCGCGGACCAGCGAGGAGGCAGGCGAGUCGUCAGCCACCGCAGGGGCGUCGUCAAACCCGGCGGCGUCCAGCAGUGCCAGACCCAUGCCCACGCCGCACCAGCCCGCGGGCCCGUCCCACCUCCGGCAGAUGAGCAGUGCUUCCUCGGUCACGUCCUCUCAGCCAGACUCGACGCCCAACAGCUACACGCCGCAGUCGCACCUACACGAUCCCAGGUCCAGCGGCCUGACCCUCGGCGGUGCCAGCGACGACGGCGAGGCCGCCGACGACAAGGAUCCGAGCAACAGCGCCGAGCCCAUGUUCAACUUUUCGAGCCUGGCCGAGAUGGUCGGCGUGCAGCUCGAGGGCGAACAUGCCGGACGCAGGCUGUCGGCGAUUGGCAGAGACAGCCUGACGAAAGACAACGCCGCCGAGGCGGAUAUUGCCAAGGGCAAUGCGGCAAGCCCGAGCCAGCAUGCCGACAAGGACGACGAGGUCGCCGCUACGGAACACGACGAGCACGUCGGAGAUGCCGGAUCCGACGAGAUCGACCAGAGCAUCGCGACGCUCAAGGCCAGCGACGUGAAGAAGUUCAGGGCCGAGUGUGAGAAGCAGCAGGAGUCGACAAGUACCUCGUCAGCACUGGCUCCGCCUCAGCUGAUGAUCACGCCCGAGACGCCGGCGCCUGUGGACGACGAUAGAGACGAGUCCAAGAGGCUUGGCUUCGCGACAACCAUUGAGAGCUCGCGUACCGUCACUCAGUAA